AUGCGAACUACGUCACAGCUAAAAGUAGCUCCAGCAACCAACAAGCCAAACGAUGUCCCCAAGUUCACCAAACAGCCCAAAUCCCGUCCCCCAAGCGGCUUCCGGGAACAUAUUCUACGGAGUCCUCUUCCGUACUACUCGGGCCCAUAUAGUGUGGGCAUGAUGGACAUCGAGGUCCCGGCAAGAGAACCAAGAUACUUUUCCGAGAUCAAACGAGAUGGUAAACAUCUACUCGAGCUUGAGACCGUUUUAUUUUCGGUCUUCUAUCCUUCGGGGUUUGGGUCUGGGCAAGGGAACUCUCCUGAAGGAAAGAAGAAUUGGGGACGCCCGACUUGGUUACCUCGCCCUAGAGUGGAGGUUGCGAAAGGUUAUGGGAAGUUUGCGGGGAUUCCUAGUUGGUUGACUGUCCCAUGGUUCGGUUUGACAACAGCGUUCACAAAGCUACCAGCGUUUCGGAACGCGAAAUUGGCUGAACAUUGGCCCCCAGAUAAAAACUCUAGAGAAGCAGGCUACAAGAUCAAGAACUCCGCCGGAGCCCCUCCCCCAGAAGAGCCAGAGAGACCGUGUUUCCCUUUACUCAUAUUCAGCCAUGGCCUUGGUGGAACGAGAACAACGUACAGCUCAGUAUGCGGAGAAUUUGCUAGCUACGGAUUCGUGGUAGUCGCACUUGAGCACAGAGACGGAAGUGGUCCUAGGACAUUCGUCAACCUGCCUGAGAAUGGAGUUAAUACCGUAGAGGACAAGGUGGAUCUUGACAAUAAGGAUAGAAAGAGAGGGUAUUCGAGGAUGGAUUAUGUGUUUCCAAAAGAUAAUGCGAGAGAUACCAUGCCGGGCAAUAAACAAGGUGUUGACGGAGAAUUGCGUGCUGCACAGAUACAGCUACGACUUGCGGAAAUCGAAGAGGCUUACCAUGUCAUGACGCUUAUACAUGACGGCGAGGGAGAAAGAGUGGCAGCUUCUAGCCUACGGAAUAAGGCGGAUGUAGGUGGAAGUUCUAGAGGGCUCCAAGGAAUCGAUUGGCAGUCAUGGAGCAACAGAUUUCACCUCAAACAGGUGACUGUUCUGGGGCAUUCAUUCGGUGCGGCGACCGUUGUUGAAGUGCUUCGCCAAAAAGACCGCUUUAAGAACGUUGGACAAGGUAUCAUUUAUGAUAUUUGGGGUGCUGCAAUUCAACCUCCAGAAGACGAUCCAGGACACCGAAUCCAUACGCCAAUUUUAGGGAUCAAUUCUGAAGCUUUCAUGUACUGGCCUGACAACUUCGAGGCUGUCAUGGCCCUAUGCAAAGAAGCCAAAGAACAAGACCAACUUGCCUGGCUUAUGACUAUCCGGGGCACAAUACAUGUGUCACAAUCCGACUUCUCGCUGCUCUAUCCCCGAGUGGCAAGCCUGUUGCUGAAAAUGACAGUCAAUCCUCGCAGAGCAAUAGACCUCAACAUAAACGCCUCACUCGAGUUCCUGCAGCUCGUGAUGCCCGACCGAAUAUCAUCGAGCCUUCGAGUAACGAACGAACAUCUGCUCGAAGUAAGCACCCUGGACAAGCUCCCGGAGGAUCAUCGUCCCAGUGACAAGUUCGUCGCAGUGCGUCUGCGAAUCCCGCACGAGUUACGGAUUCGCCUCACCCCGCAAUGGGUUAGACGGCACGCUCGAAAUAAAACCCGGCAGGAUGCCAAGAAGAAGCUACCUAGAGAUCCCCAGGGAAAUAUCCUCGAAGGUUUAGAGGAUCUAGAGCUUGGGGAAGAGGUUUGGAUGCAUGUCGCCCCAACGAAAGAUGAGCUGGCACGACAUGGUCUCCAGCCCAGCCGGGAACUGGAGACGCAUCAGGAGGAUGGGAUGGUGGAGGCGAGCGGGCCAGAGGGGCGGACUGAACAUGAGGACCACCAUCGCGGCAUCGAACAGCGAAUGAUGGAAAGAGGAUGA